UUUGGGGCCGACUAACUCGAGAGAACUUCCCAGAGACAGCUAAGAAACUUCGUUUUUGGGCGCCAUUGUGAUGAAUGCUUUUGUAUAUCAAAAUUUUGCUCAAAAUCUGCUUCAAGACACAGGCAAAAAUCCCUCUGGAGUGAAAGACUCUGGUGUUGUGGACCAACGUGCCUUGGAGAGAGAUAAGAAGAAGAUAUAGGACGCAUAGUUAUGAAAAAGAUGGUAGAUCAGGAUGAGGAAUGGAGAGCCUUCAUGCAGUUACAGCAGCAAAUUGCAGAAAGACAGGAACAAAUAGCCAAACAUCAAGAGCAAACAACACAAAUACUCCUUAAGAUACUCCAAAACAUGAAUAAUUCAACAAUUCUAUCAUGUCUCUCCACAAUAACGGAGCAAAACGUAGUAACUCAAAUCAGAAUGGAUCUAAAAAUCAAAACAGCGGGGUUCCCAGACCCACACAACCCUCAUUCCUGGCCAGAGUUGAGUUGACACAAGAAGAGGAAGAGCUGAAUCCAACAAAAGAUGAUUUUAAUGCUUGCAUAGAUUCCUAUUCAAGACUCAAUCCGGAUGUUAACAAAGAUAUACAGCACAAGGUCAGUAAGUUGUCUCUUCCAACUUUUGAUGGCUCGGGAGAGGUCACUGCACAAGCUUGGGUUCAAAAAUUAGACACAUAUUUGUCGCUCAGUCCUAUGACAGAAGAUGAAGCUAUCAAAUUUGCAAUUCUUCAUUUUAAUGGUAUAGCACAUGAGUGGUGGCAACAUGAACUAAUCGUGCAAGGACAUCCUAGUAUGGUGACAUAUGCUGAUUUCGCACAAAGACUCAUAGAUAGGUUUGAUAGUAACGAUCCUGAACUGCGUUUCAAAGAAUUGGCACAGUUGAAGCAGCGUGGUUCAAUAGAGGAGUAUGUAGCAGAAUUUCAAAGAAUUUCAGUCAUGGUGCGGAGUGUUACAGAGAUGACACUAAUGUUUUUAUUUAUUGAGGGACUAUCAGAGUCUCUACGAGGGUUAGUUAGAACCUUUGAGCUGACCUCAUUAUAAGAUGCUAUUCGAAGGGCUUUGAAAUUGGAAGAUUCAACAACUAAGAACAAAUUCUACUUCAAGGCUGUAUCAACAAGGCAGCAUACAAAACCCUUCCAAAAGACACCCCUCGACCAACAGCAUUACCUCCAAAACCAAACAAGUUUGAAGAAAUUAAGAAUGAGCUUUGGAGGGAGACGUGAUUUUCUUGCGAAGAGUCAUGGGAACCAGGCCAUAGAUGCUUGGGGGAGGGGCAAAUACAUUACAUAGAGGAUCCUCUUUGUAAUGUCCUCUACCCGAUCUAUUUCAAUAUAUUAAAAUUGAUUGAUAUUUUUCAAUUAGUUAAUAACAAGUUCUUAUUUAUUUUCCUCAUUAAAUGAUUAAUUUCAUUAUUCAUAGUUCUUAAUAUAGUUAUUAGACCCUGCUACUACUUCAGUUUUAAGGGAGAAGGGUUUAUGUAUGUUACCAAAGCACCUAGAGACCAAAUACAAUAGGUUCCCUCAAAGUUUACAGAUCCCAGCCCUUACCUAUCUUGGGACUUAAUCUAUUGCUUGGAUUUAAACUGCCCCUCUUUGGAACAUCUCCUUCCCAUCUUCUUAAAUACCGACAGUAAUAACAUGAUUUAGACUAUAAGUAUACUAAUUUCUUAUGUAUUAUGAAUAUAUAUGAAAUUAAGUUUGAUUGUCAUACAUAUUGCAGUCCAUAUUAAUGUUACUAUUAGUUCUGCAUAAGAACAUUAUCAGGCUUCAUAUAUUAAACAUACUUAUUAAACAUAUUCCCAUGCAUACCACCAAGAACAAGGAUGUUACUGCCUAUAACUCAAUAAACAUAUCCCCAUGCAUACCACCAAGAACAAGGAUGUUAUUUGCCUAUAACUGAAUAAUAACAGUUAUGAUCUGAUUUGCUUGAUGGUGCUCUUACUGGAUGCUUUUAUUCCUUUCUUUUAUAUCCCUUAAUGUGAGGGCAUGCAUGCCCUUUGGCAAGAGACACACCCUCUCACCACUAGCACCUUUUGAAAGAGUGCAACUCUUCAUUAUUUCUGCCCUUUGAAAGGGACACAACCUUUCAUAAUCAGAUCUGCACUUCUUAUUUAAAUCAAAUAUGCACUUCUCAUUUUUCAAAUUCUCCCCCCUCAAAUGAGUUUCUCUUCUCCCUUUUAUAUCUUACGUCUGAGGGAGUCACAACUUAUCAUUUCAUGCCUUUUGACCUUUCAUUAACUUUAAUCAAAUUUUAAUUAUAUUUAAUUAUAUUCUUUUAUAUUUUAAUUUUAAUUUUUAUAUUUAUUCUUUUGUAUUUUUUUUUUAAUUAUUAUUUAUUAUUAAAUUAUAUU